GUGAGAGUCUAUGGCAGCAGACACAGUACUGCAGGUGAGGUGGUGCCCACAGGAGGGAAAGUCUGGUGUUACUCCUGCUCCAGUGCCUGAUUCUUGAGGCAACUGCCUCUCCUCCCUUCAUGGACGGCCCAGCUCCGAACAAGCCUUGGUCACAGUGAGGUAAAAUGUCAGGACGGGCUCGAGUAAGAGCCAGGGGGCAGUUCUUCUCUCGGGAAGAAGGAACAUUUGUACAACCGGGCUCCCCCGUGCCGGGUUGCUCAGGGGAUGCUGAUCCAUUUGCUUUACAGCCUGAGAAAGAAGCCACUGAUAGCCACAUGAUGGGUGGGAAAAGCCCACCAAAAUAUGGCUUCUCGGUUGGCACUGCUGGUUACAAAGUGAUGGACAGAGGGGGAAGGAUCCGAUAUACCUCUCACGAUAUGGGAGUAAAUACUAGAGAGAUAAUGAAACAUGUGAAAGAUUCUAAAACAGGCUGCAGUGGAAUUCCUGUGAAAAUAGUUACCAACCUCUUUAGUUUAGGUUUGCCCAAGGAUUGGCAGCUUUACCAGUAUCAUGUAACAUUCAGUCCAGAGCUGGAAUCAAAGCGUUUGCGGUUCGCAUUGGUGUAUGGUCAUGCUGAACUUUUUGGGAAAGCCAGAGCAUUUGAUGGAGCAACUCUUUUUCUUGCACAAAAGCUAGAAAAUCAGGUCACAGAACUGUCUUGUGAAACACAAAGAGGCGAGGCUGUCAAGAUCACCAUCACUUUAAUCCAGCAGCUACUUCCCAGCUCUCCUGUCUGCAUUCAGUUCUUAAAUGUUGUCUUUAAGAAGGCUUUGAAAAAGUUGUCUAUGUACCAAAUUGGACGAAACUUCUAUAAUCCUUCUGAUCCAGUGGAAAUACCACAGCACAAACUGGUACUCUGGCCUGGGUUUGCCAUGUCGAUUGGACAAUUUGAAAACAGUGUCAUGUUCUGUGCUGACGUGAGCCAUAAAGUUCUUCGCAAUGAGAGUGUUUUGGAAUUUAUGACCAGCCUAUAUGAUCGUGUGGACAUGGCUCAUUUUGCGGAAACCUGCGAAAAGGAGCUGGUAGGGCUGAUUGUUCUUACAAGAUACAACAACAAGACCUACCGUGUUGAUGAUAUUGAAUGGUCUGUGAAGCCAACAGAUACAUUCCAGAAACGUGAUGGCACUCAGAUCUCUUACGAAGAUUACUACAAGCAGCAAUAUGACGUAGACCUGACUGACUUAAAUCAACCCAUGCUUGUUAGCGAGCUGAAGAGUAAGGGCAGUGGCACGGUGGAGCGGCGGGUAGUCCACCUGAUCCCAGAGCUCUGCUACAUGACAGGUCUGAGCAACCGUGCAACUUCUGACUUCCGUUUGAUGAAGGAUUUAGCUCAAGAAACUCACUUGACUCCUGAGCGCAGACACCAGCGACUGACUAGACUGGUUGACAACCUUCAGAGAAACAAAGACGCUCGCUUAGAACUGGAGAGCUGGGGACUUCAGCUUGGGUGCCAAGCUUCUCUGACUGGCCGUUUGGUCACAGGAGAAAAAAUUCUAAUGCAGAAUGAAACUUGCAUGCCAAUGAAUGCUGGAGAUUUCCUCAGAGACAUGAGGAAUAUGAGGAUGAUUGGGGUAGCGCCUCUGGAGAACUGGCUGGUAAUAUGCAGUCGUCGAAACGCAGAGAUGGCUCACAGUCUGGUGAAUUGUUUAAGACGAGCUGGAGAUCCCAUGGGCCUUCAAAUGAACUUUCCAAAAAUGGUCCAAGUACAACAAGAUAGCCCCAUGGGUUUUGUGCGUGUCCUGCAACAGUAUGUGAAUCCUGAUCUGCAGCUGGUGCUUUGUGUGUUGCCUUCCAAUCAUAAGGACUGUUACGACUCUGUCAAGAAGUUCUUGAUCCUUGAACAGCCUGUUCCUAGCCAAUGCGUCGUUACUCGCACUCUGAGCAGGCAAAAUAUGAUGAUGAGCGUGGCCACUAAAAUUGCUAUGCAGAUCAUUUGUAAACUCGGAGGGGAGCUGUGGGCAGUUGAAGUGCCACUGAAGUCACUCAUGGUGGUUGGUAUUGAUGUCAACAAAGAUGCUGUGACCAAAGGAAACUCUGUUGUUGGAUUUGUGGCCAGCACGAAUAUCAGAUUGACGCGCUGGUAUUCGUGUUGCAGGCUACAGAGUUCAGGAUCGAGCACUGCGGAUUGCUUAAAGGCCUGCAUGGAUGGCGCCCUAAGUAAAUGGCAACAGUGUAAUGGGCAGUUACCCACACGCAUAAUAGUGUAUCGUGAUGGCGUUGGAGAUGGCCAGCUAAAAAUGGUGGUAGACUAUGAAGUCCCACAGCUACUGAAUGCCAUUGGUGAAUGGAGCAAUAAUGUUUGCAGACCAAAACUAUCCCUGGUUGUGGUCAGGAAGAAAUGCCUUCCUCGCUUCUUCACUGAGGCCAACAAGAGCCUGCAAAAUCCUCCUGUUGGGACAGUUAUUGACACAGAGGCCACUCGACCUGAAUGGUAUGACUUUUUCUUGAUUAGCCAACUUGCCCGUCAGGGGACUGUCAACCCUACAUACUACAACGUGGUUUAUGACGACAACGGAUUAAAGCCAGACCAUAUGCAGCGUCUAACGUUUAAGAUGUGCCACUUGUACUACAACUGGCCGGGCUUAAUCAGAGUCCCAGCACCAUGCCAGUAUGCGAGUAAGUUGACUUUCUUGGUGGGCCAGAGCAUCCACCGUGAGCCAAGCCUGGAACUUGCAGACAAACUUUUCUAUUUGUGAAGGAUGUCGAGAGACAAGCUUGCUCCAAGAUCCUUAAUAGGAAAAAGUGGCUAGGAGCACAAGAAAACUCAGAAUUUCUGCUGGUUUUGCUGUUUCAAGUUUACAAAUUUUCAAUUUCAAGAAGCCUACAAUCAAGCAAAUAGAUGUUGAAGUGCGAGAUCAUACAGAUAUUUUACAAAAGGGCUGUUCUUAUAGUUGAACCGUUGCUUUUCAAAUAAAAAUUGUAUUCUGUGUUUAUGUAAAA